CUGUUCAUAGUAACCAAGUCGCUAAAAACGUAAAGUAAUCCCCAUCUUAGCUCCUUGCCGAUGGGUCCAACGGGAAUCACGUCAUUCUCCGGCCGGCGACCACCGAUGGUGCCGUGUUCGGAUCCGGGGUAGUACUUAUACCUGCAUUUUCGCCUUCCAACUGUCUGUACCCCGUUGUUCAUCCGCCGCUCUCUGGUCGUCUAACCCUUCCCAAGUUGCCUUGUUAUCUGUCCCCUUCUCCUAGUCAGACAGCUCCCGACACCCACUUAACCCCUCCACUCCGGUAACCUUCCAAACCAGAACCAACAAAAACAAUGGCACCCGGACUCCUCAUCGACGAGGUCCAGCAGAACCUCCCACAGCCCUCCAAGCGGAACGAUGACGCCCCCCGCAACAUCUUCCCCGACGGCAUCCGCACCUCAGGCCAGCACCCACCCCUCUACGACCUCCUAAAGCCCUACUCCGCCUUCCCCAAGCAAAUCACCGGCCCAACCGUCUGGCAAGCCUCCGAAUUCACCUCCAACCCCUCCCGCUGGAUCCACCCGCUCACCCCCUCCGACCUGGCCGAGCUCUCCGCCGCCACCGACACCUUCCUCGCCUCAAACCAGCCCCUAACCGCCAUCUCCAAAUCCACCUUCCCCCUCCCCACCCUGUCCCCCACCCUCCAAUCCCUCCGCGAAACCCUCCUCAACGGCGCCGGCUUCACCCUCCUCAAAAACUUCCCCUCCCAGACCUGGACCCCGCUCAAAACCGCCGCGGCCUACCUCGGCCUCGGCGCGCAGCUCGGGUACGCCGUCUCGCAGAACGGCCGCGGCCACGUGCUGGGCCACGUCAAGGACGUGGGCGACGACCCGGCGCAGAUCGACUCGGUGCGCAUCUACCGCACCGCGGCGCGGCAGUUCUUCCAUGCCGAUGAUGCGGAUUUGGUGGGGCUGUUGUGCGUGCACAGGGCGGCGGAGGGCGGGGAGAGUGAUGUGGUGAGCGUGCAUCGGGUGUGGAACGUGCUGCAGCGGGAGUAUCCGGAUGUGGCGGAGUUGUUGACGAGGCCGGUGUGGUAUUUUGAUCGGAAGGGGGAGGUGGGGGAGGGCCAGGGGGAGUGGAUCCGCCAGGCGGUCGUGUAUCUGGAGACUGGGGGCAAGGGGAGGGUGUAUAUGAAGUGGGAUCCGUAUUAUGUGAGGAGUUUGAAGCGGUUUGAGGAGAAGGGGGUGGUGCCGCCGCUGAGUGAGGAGCAGAAGAGGGCGAUGGAGGUGCUGGAGGAGGUUUGUCAGAGGGAGGCGCUGCAUAUGGUGCUGGAGGUGGGGGAUAUUCAGUUUGUGAGCAAUGCGCACUUGUUGCAUGCGAGGACGGCGUAUAAGGACUUUGCUCCUCCGGCACCGCGACGCCAUCUUUUACGGCUGUGGCUGGCGACCCCGGAGGGCGAGGGCGGGUGGGCCCUGCCCAUGCCAGACAGCCACGAGAAGAAGCGUGGCGGAGUGCAGGUCAACAACACACCACCUCGGGCGCCUCUGGAUGCGGAAUAGGAGUCAAGGUAUCUGCCACACCAUCUCGCCUAGAAUAAUGAUGAAUAUGACUUUAUGGGCCUG